UAGCUGUGGAAUAGAGCUGAACCCGAUGGGCGGACAGGUAGAGGUGGCCGUCUGGUGAACGUAGGGUUUAGAGCUGGCGUCCCAGCCCACCUCCUCAAACGGGAGGGGAAACAAAGACGGCGAGAGAGGCAGGGAGAGUUGCCUGUAAGUUUAAGCGCCUUUCUGUCGCGACUCGCGGAGAUAAAUGAGAGUUUGGAGGCGCGCGCAGUUAAUCAGCGCUACGGCUGCCUUAACAGCGCGCGCAACCCGCAGAUCAUUAGGUUAAAUGGAGGACGCUCGCGUCCUUCCCGAAUCGAUGCAAUUAUUGCCGGCGAGGAGGCCAACCGUCGGAGCGGCAGCACUAAUUUUACUAACCUGCUAUUAAUUAUGGUGUCCCCCACGCCCCAGCCGGCGUUUAUAACCCGCGGGAGGGAGCGGUGCCGGCUGCUUCGGUUUUAAACCGGGAAAAGUUGGACAGCCGGAGCGGAGGGUGGCGUUGGGAAGCGUGAAAUCGGUAGGCAAGAGUGUGAUCGGUGGAGCUAUUCACUGGAACGUCACUCUGGUACAGGGGGUUAGGGAAGUGGCCGUGGUGCCUGGGGACCCGAGGGCUCCGCGCUCAGGUGCCGCACGCUGAGACAUGGCUGCGGUAGUUCUCCGCAGCUCCCUGCAAAGUCAGCCGGCGCAGGAGAGAGGAGAGAAACCCUGCCAUGGCACAGCCGUCGCUCCGAGGUUUUAGCCGAAGCCUGGCGUGAUCGCAGGUUAAAGAAAGAAAGUUUAAGAUUUCAUGUAAAUAAAUUAAAUGUGGUUUUCUGCUUCGUCCUAUAAGCAUCUAGGGACCUGUGGUUACCAAUCAAUUGGUACAAUAGAGCAGAGCCAGGCUGCAAUAGCGUGCAGAUCAGACGUCUCGCCUUGUUUCUAGAUAACUGGGAGCCUCUGUACCAUGUCAUAUCCUCAGUUUGGCUACCCUUACUCCUCGGCACCCCAGUUCCUAAUGAGCACCAACUCCCUGACGACCUGCUGCGAGUCCAGCGGCCGGACGCUGGCCGAGACGGGGGCGGCCGCCUCCGCGCAGACCCCCGUCUAUUGCCCGGUGUACGAGAGCCGCCUGCUCGCCACCGCCCGCCACGAACUCAACUCCGCCGCCGCUCUGGGGGUCUACGGUGGUCCCUACGCCGGUCCCCAGGGCUAUGGAAACUACGUGACCUACGGCACCGAGGCUCCUGCCUUUUACUCCUUGAACAGUUUGGAGGCGAAGGACGGGAGCGGCUCUGCGCAUGCGGGCAUCGCCCCCGCGGCUGCCUACUACCCUUACGAUCACACCCUCAGCCAGUACCAGUACGACAGGUACGGCACGAUGGACGGCGGGACGCGGAGGAAAAACGCCACCCGGGAGACGACCAGCACCCUCAAGGCCUGGCUGCAGGAGCACCGCAAGAACCCCUACCCCACCAAGGGCGAGAAGAUCAUGCUGGCCAUCAUCACCAAGAUGACCCUCACCCAGGUCUCCACCUGGUUCGCCAACGCCCGCCGGCGGCUCAAGAAGGAGAACAAGAUGACCUGGCCCCCGCGGAACAAGUGCUCGGACGAGAAGCGGCCCUACGAGGAAGAGGAGGAGGAGGAGGAGGAGGAGGCUUCGCGGGAAGAGGCGAUGAAGAGCGGCAAAGCCGAGGAGCCCACGGGCAAGGAGGAGAAGGAGCUGGAGCUCAGCGACCUGGAGGACUUGGACGCCGUCGAGUCGGAGAGCUCGGAGUGCGAGCUGAGGCGGCCGUUCCCGCACCCGCUCCCGCUCCCGCACCCGCCGCGGGCCGCCGAGCCCCCCGCCAAGAUGCCGCUGGCCGCCGGGGAGGAAGAGGAGGAGGAGGAGGAGGAGGAGGAGGAGGAGGAGGCGGCGGAGCGGGCGCGGAGCUGCUUGAAGACGGCGGCGGGGGGGGAGUGCGGCCCCGAGGUGCUGGGAGCCCGGCAGCGCGGUUGCGAGUCCAAAAUGUGCUUCCAGCCGGGGCAGCAGCUGCUGGAGGCGAAACCCAGGAUUUGGUCCCUGGCGCACACGGCCACCUCCCUCAACCAGGCCGAGUAUCCCUCCUGCAUGCUGAAACGGCAGGGGGGGGGGUCGGCUCCCCCCGCCGCAGCCGCAGCCGCCGCCGCCGCCGUCUCCGCCCCGGUGGGUGUCAUCGAUAGGCACCAGGAUUCGCCGGUCACCAACCUCAGGAACUGGGUGGACGGGGUGUUUCACGACCCCCUGUUCAGGCACAGUACUUUGAACCAAGCCCUGAGCAACACGACAGUUUCCUGGGCUACCACCAAAGGAGCCGUGCUGGAAACGGGCGCCUUGGGACGGGCGGUGGGGAACGGUGCCAACGUGCUCAAGGGGCAGCUCUCCAACCUGGCCCACCAUGACUCGAACAAAGAGUUUCUGGCGUUUCCCAAAUCAGGAAGCAAAAUGUUUUGUUCCUAACGGGCCCGCCCGAGGGGCGAAGGACUUUCUAAACGCGUGGUGAAGUCAGCUACACUGAAAAGAGAGACUUGCGAGAGUUUAAAACUUUUUCCUUUUUUCUAAAAAAAAAAAAAAAAAAAACAAACACCAAACAAAACCCCAACAGAAACGAGGAUUUAAAGUUCAGUUCGCUCAGUUCAACGGACAGACUUUGCUCAUUGCUGUUCUGAAGAAUUUCUCCUGGCUGCGACUUUAAGGGAUCAAUGUCGUGAAAGUUAUUUAAUUCCAUGUCCAAAAAGCACGUCCUAUAGCGUAGACCUACUUAAAAAGUUUACAUCCGAAAGUUUACAAACGGGAAAUUUUAAGUCAGAUUUAAUUUAAGGCAUGCCGACAUUAGUUAUAAAGACUUUUCGAGAGUUUUUCCUCCUGAUUUCCUUGUUAGCAUAUAAUUCACAAACAGCACUUCUACUGAGUUUACACCUACUGCACAAAUUUAUCUUGACAAAAAAGAGAAUAUGUUAAAAGCUAUGUUCACUCCAAUAAAUUGUCUGUUUCAGAGGUA